GGCUUCAGUCUUCCUUUGUGUUGCGCGCUCGAACCGGCGAGGAAGUCCCUAAACGAUAAUGUCUCAUACCGAGGCUGCUCGUACAGACUCCUUGGGUGAACAGGAAACUCGGGGUGAUGUAGAGACCGAUAAAAAGGCCAAAAACAGACGACCUGCAAAUACUGCUUUUCGGCAACAGCGCCUGAAAGCCUGGCAGCCUAUCUUGACACCAAGGAGUGUGUUACCUUUGUUUUUUGUCGUUGGUGUUAUUUUUGCACCCAUUGGCGGCCUUCUCUUGUGGGCAAGCUCAGAGGUACAAGAAAUUGUGAUAGAUUACUCUGAGUGUGCUGAUAAAGCACAACGGACCCCUGUCCCAAUCCCAGACAAAGUCAAAUCGUCCUUCAAAUCGUCCAAUCAGCAGCCUAAUCCGACUUGGAUGAAAUACAGAGAUGAAGAGACGAACGAGACCAUUUGUCGCUUGAGUUUCAAGAUCCCAGAGAACAUCGAACCUCCUGUGUUUAUGUAUUAUCGCCUGACAAACUUCUACCAAAACCAUCGGCGAUACGUGAAAUCGCUAGAUAUAGACCAGCUUAAAGGAAAGGCAGUCGACAAUAAAACUAUUGAUGGCGGUUCAUGUGACCCACUCAAGCUUGAUGACAGCGGCAAAGCAUACUAUCCAUGUGGACUUAUCGCUAACUCCAUGUUCAACGAUACAAUAAAAAGCCCCGAGCUUUUGAACGAUGGAAAUGACGAUGAUCCUGUAGUAUACGUCAUGACUAACAAGGGCAUCGCAUGGGAUAGCGAUAAGGAACUUAUUAAAACCACGCAGUACAAACCAGGACAGGUUGUCCCCCCUCCGAAUUGGCAGGCCCGCUAUCCGCAUAAUUACACCACAGAGAUUCCCGAUCUCCACGAUAAUGAGGAAUUCAUGGUUUGGAUGAGAACAGCUGCAUUGCCUAACUUCAGCAAACUGUCCCGGAGGAAUGAUACCACGGCAAUGUCACCAGGCACUUACCAAUUGGACAUCGCAGAUCUUACAGAGUAUGGUGGAACAAAGUCAAUACUCAUAUCUUCCCGGACUGUAAUUGGUGGGCAGAACCCUUUCAUGGGUAUUGCAUAUGUUGUUGUUGGCGGUCUAUGCGUCCUUCUUGGGGCGCUUUUCACUAUUGCUCAUCUAGUGCGGCCCAGGAAGCUUGGAGAUCACACUUACUUGACCUGGAAUAACGAGCAGGAAGCCAAUCUACAAAUUCAAUGCUUCGCUUUUGUUUCGCAGAGUCGUGGCUUCUGUGCGACCAGCCCGCCCACUGAAUCCCUCAAGGCAGAGUACAGGAGAUUGAGCGCACUAGGUUUCCAGAAUCACAACCCUGUUGAUUCCGAAAGUCGGGCGGCAGUCGCCCCGAUUGAGAUAGAUACGUGGUUUCACAUCGUUACUGGUGAAGCGGAAACCGAAUCGAUCUCAGAUGAGAUGGUUGCUGAUCAGCUUUCUUACCUCCAGAACGCAUACCAAAAUGCUACAAUAUCUUACCGCUUACAAGGCGUGACCCGCUCGGUAAACGAUACGUGGGCUCGCAAUGAGGACGAAAUGGCAAUGAAGACGGCCCUUCGCAGAGGGAGUUAUAGGACACUUAAUGUUUACUUUCACACUGAUCUCCAGGGGUCUGCAAGCGCGGGUGCCAGGGCUUCUGACAUCGUCCGCCGCGAAAUGGGUGCCUCGCAACCACAAUCCACCAGCAUGCUUGGCUUUUGCACAUUACCUGACCCGAGCAUAAACGCUAGCAGCCCCCGAUCUACUUAUAUCAAAGAUGGCUGUAAUGUACUUGCGGAAACCAUGCCGGGUGGUUCUCUCGUACAUUACAACAGAGGCGGUACCGCGAUUCAUGAAAUAGGUCAUUGGAAUGGUCUGCUGCACAUCUUCGAAGGAGAGUCAUGCUCGCCCGAUAACGAGGGCGAUUUCAUCGCAGACACGCCGCAGCAAUCCAAGCCCACAGAAGGGUGUCCUGCCCAGAAAGAUUCAUGUCCAGAGCUCCCAGGGCUUGAUGCUAUCCACAAUUUUAUGGACUAUUCCUCUGAUGAGUGCUACGAUUCCUUUACUCCGGACCAGGUCAGUAGGAUGCGAAGCAUGUGGUUUGCGAUGAGAGAUGGGAAGUGA